AUGGCUUCCGGCUAUGGGCUCGCUGGAGGCGUGUCGCGCUGCUUUCCCUUCUGGCAGGAAGUGCUAGCCUGCUACGCCAUCAACGGCGACAACGACAACCGCGCAGGCGCGAAGAAGUGCAGUCCGGCGUUGGAAGAUUACAUGGAAUGCCUCCACCACGGCAAAGAAGCGGCCAAGAUCCGCACGCUGCAGGCCGCGUACCGCAAGCGGGAGGCCGAGACGCCGCGCGAUGCGGCGCGGAGCGCGGGCGAGAUUAGGAGUUUGGGCUUGCUGGAGGCGAAGAAGGAGGAGGUUGAUGUGAGGGGUUCGCGGGGCUUGCCGACGGUUGGGGAUAAUCAGGCGAGAGGGAAGGGGGGGAAGCCGGUGGUGCAUUGA